AUUGCAUAAACCCGUUGUCAAGAUCCCUACCUCCUAUUUCUCCACAUACCGCACCUUGAUCCUCCCAUGAGUCGUGUCCGCCUCGACAUCAUCACCCUCCGCACGCCCGGAACGGCCCGAAGUCACCAUGUACCCUGCCGUUGAUGGCGCUCAGUGCGGUACGCUCCGCAGCGGCGUUGUCCGAAUGCCCGAUGGGGCCGUCAUGCUUCCUGAGCCAGAGGGACUAUUGAACGAACGCGAUAUAUCAAUCUGGUUGGUGUGCUCAUCCGUAUGUUCAAGAAGCCAUGGUCAACCAAUGCUUUCAGAGCUGACACUUUUUGAGGAGCUGUCGUUUGGAGUGGAAAUGAUCUUGCGGAGACAUUGCAUUUGCGUUGAUGAUAACGUGCACCGUCUGUAGUAAUAGAUUCUUGUGGUCCACCUCCGUUCCCCCUCCUCGAGUUUGAGAAAAACGGGCAGAUAAUGGAGACUCGAUGCUAUACAUUCCUUUGAGAGCGUUGUGCUAUUCCAAGUCACAAAUCGUUGGCCGCUUGAGGUUGUCGCGCUGUAGUGUGCCACAAGGAAGGGUGGUGUUGAUCGCUACUAUCAUACGGAGGACGUAUUCUCGUCCUACAAUCGUUGAC